UCUUCCACUUCUUCUUCUACCUCCAGACUGCGAACCCAUGAGUUGAGAAAAAAAAAAAUGGAGGCUAAUGGCGACAACAACGUUAUCGCACCAUUCGUUAUGAAAACAUAUCAGAUGGUCAGCGAUCCGACGACGGACAUGGUCAUCACCUGGGGAUGCGCCAACAACAGCUUCAUCGUCAUCGACCCUCUGGUUUUCUCCCAGCGGAUCUUGCCAGCUUACUUCAAACACAACAACUUCAGCAGCUUCGUCCGACAACUCAAUACAUACGGGUUUAGGAAAGUGGAUCCGGAUCGGUGGGAGUUCGCGAACGAACACUUUCUACGGGGACAGAAGCAUCUGCUGAAGAACAUAGCGCGUAGGAAACACGCGCACACGCGUGGCAGUGGCUACGGGGAGUGUGUGGACGACGGCGAGAUCGUGAAGGAGAUUGGGAGGUUGAAGGAGGAGCAGAGGGAGCUCGAAGCGGAGAUCGACAGGAUAAGCCACCGGCUCGAGGCGACGGAGCGGCGGCCAAGCCAGAUGAUGGCCUUCCUCUACAAGGUCAUCGACGACCCCGACCUCUUGCAACGUAUGAUCCUCGAGAAGGAUCACCGGAAAAACCAGAUCGCCGCCUCCGCAUCUGCCGAUAACGAAGAAUUCCCGGAGAAGAAGCAGCGGCUGACGAUAUACCCGGGAAAACGCGACCUCUUGCAACGUAUGAUCCUCGAGAAGGAUCACCGGAAAAACCAGAUCGCCGCCUCCGCAUCUGCCGAUAACGAAGAAUUCCCGGAGAAGAAGCAGCGGCUGACGAUAUCGCCGGUGAAAUCGGAGGAGGGCGUGAUUUCUCCGACGCAGUAUCCGUCGCCGGAUAGUUCUGUAAGGUGGGUAUUCCCGACGGAGAAGGGACAGUUUGGUAAUUUCGAUGGGUGUGGUGACGUGUCAGCUGUCUCGGCAUCCUCGUCGUCCUCGACGUUGUCGUUGCCGGAGAGCGUAAACGGCGGAGGGAGGAUGACGUGGCAGAUGCUGUGUAGCGAAACGGCGACGUUUGGAGGAGCGGUAGAGUUGAGUCCGCCGCCACCGCCUUAUCCCUUUUCUUUGUUGGGAGGUGGAUUUUAGCUUAUUAGUUUUCUCAUGAUUUUUUUUUUAUCUUUGGUUAUCGUAUUUUUCCCUUUCCUCUUUUGGCAAUUCUAUUUUAAUGUU